ACCAGCGCGCUAGCGAGAGACUCAAACAUUGCGCUUAUUUGGGAUUCUACUUCCAUUGAUAUCCAACCCGAACUCAAGGCUCAAGGACAGGCUGACAGACUGACAGACUGAAAAUGCCUUCUUUCAGCCUAACUCAUCGCUAGCUUCAUUUUCAUCAGAUUGGAGAACCCGGGGCGGGUCGAGUCCGGUGAGUGUCUGGAUAGGCGUGUUCGCCUCGUCCCACGCUCCAUGAGUGGGGAUUCACGGCCGUCCAGCGCCACAACGGCUGGCCCCACUGCGGAACCCCCAGCCCGUGAUGAGUCCAGCGGACCACGGCGGGGCGCCCGCACGGCCCUGGAUCUGCAACGGGCCAAGUUGGCCAAAUUAAUGCAAGAUCCGGCCAAGCCGGCCUUUAUCCCGGAAGUGCGCAAAGUCAAGGAUCCGAAUAAGGCCGCCGAAUUUGUGUACAAUGUCAUGGGAUCAAGUGCGGGCGCCGGAUCCGGCGAGUUCCACGUGUAUCGGCAGAUCCGCCGCAAAGAGAGCUUGCGACAAGCUGUGAUUCAAGGUCAAAAGCAAAGCGAGGACCUCAACCGGGCUUACCAUGAGCAGCUCCGGGCCAAUGAACUGGCCGCUGAAGCGCGAACGGCCAAAAAGCGGCAAAAACGUUUGAAAAAGAAGAAAAACGCCAAACGAGGCAAACCCGCCCUACCCACACCCGCCUCCGAUGACUCGUCCUCGUCUCAAUCCGAAUCCGAAACUCACCCUGACUCCCCAGCCCAGACCCCCAGCCCAGCCAAGCCGGCUGCCUAAACGCCCACCUAAUCAAUCACCUAGGAGCCAUGGGUGCGGCUUGGACUCGACUGCGCGGUUAUCAGCCUAUAUCUCAAAUCCGUGCCAGUCACUUGACGCGUGGGCCCGAUCACGGGCUUUCGAUCAGCUCGCCCCGUUUCACACUCUACUUGCUCAAAUUAUCGGUGACCGAUCCAGAUCGCAACCGACCCAUGAUCAGUGCCGCUCAAAUUCGCGGAAUAUCCCGCUUCCUUCAUGACCAUUCCAUUCCGCCUACGGCCAAGAUGUCUCGUCGUCGCUUUGAGACGGAAUUCCGCCAUCAAUCGGUCAGCGGCGGAGGAUUAUCCGAAGCGUCGCAGGCCUAUCGGACGUUCUUACUUACCACCAUUUUGAGCAGUCCUCAUCUCGCUUCGUCCAUUCAAAGAUCGCUCGUAUGUAGCUUACAACUGACUUCGGUUUCAUCGCCUACCCCCAAUAUCUGGUGGCGGACCUGGGGGGCUAUUUGGACGCGGUUCUCAUUUAUUUUUGGAAAAUGUUCUCCGUCUCAAGGACGAAUCCCAUCCGCGAUCACUCUAACGCCUUAUAACUUGCGUCGGACUUGGUCAUCACCUGUUUCAUCGGGUCAAUGGGAUCGAGCGCAUAUCUUAUCGCUCUCAUUAACUUGUCAAUUAUGGCGACUGAUUCAUGGGCAUAGCCGCAUUUCCCUUUGCGAGUUGAAUCAAUUGAGGACGGCCCUCUCUCGUCCCAACAAUUGCCUUAUUACCUCUCAACAUGUUAAUCGGGGCUUGCACGUCAAAUAUGACAAUGAGAUCUUCAAAAGGCUGGCGGGGACCUCUCCUAAAAAUUCGUUGACGUGGGGCGCCCUCAAUCGAGUGCACAUGGUCAUCAACAUCUUAAAUGAAAUGCAAAAAGACUUUCCUGAACUCGUCCCAUUUCUUCGAGCCGCACGACAAAGGUUAAAACAAUUGUGCUGAUCUCCCAUUUCAGA